AUACAGAUAACGAAUACCCAGAGUUUUGUUGUUUGAUUUUUGGUGGUUCUCUUCAUGGAAAUUCAAACUGGCUCUUUGAGUCAUUUUCACAAACGGUUCGAGUACAUAAAUGAGCUAAAAUGUGUUUUUGCCUGCAGGAAUUCAGCCAACAAUAGAGAAGAACCAAGGGUUUAUUCAUUUCACAGUGCAUUCUUUUUGCUUACUAUUCUUUUGAUUCUCUGUUCUCAUCUUGUUUCAGUGAAAGCUUCCAACGAGGUGAUUGCCGUCACACUUUCAGAUUAUUCGGCUCUCCAAGCGAUCAAGCAAGAGCUUGUCGAUUUCAGAGGAGUCUUGAGGACCUGGAAGGACAGAAAUGGAGUUUGUUCAGGUGGAUGGGUAGGGAUCAAGUGUGAUCAAGGUCAAGUCAUCGCCAUACAGCUUCCAUGGAAGAGAUUAGGUGGAAAGAUCUCAUCGAAGAUGGGGAAUCUUCAAUCGCUACGAAGAAUCAGCCUCCACGACAACCUACUUUCCGGUCCAAUUCCACAAUCUGUAUGGUUAUUACCUAAUCUAAGAGGUGUUUAUCUCUUCAACAACCUUCUUUCAGGUUCGAUCCCGCCAUCUAUUAGCCAAUGCCCAUCUUUGCAGAGCCUUGAUCUGAGCAACAAUCAGCUCAAUGGUGGCAUCCCUCACAUUCUCUCUAAUUCCAGUAAGAUUUAUAGAUUUAACCUUAGCCACAAUGCCUUUUCUGGUUUCAUACCACCAACUCUUGGCCUUUUGCCUUCACUCACAUUUCUAGCUCUAGAACACAACAAUCUCUCUGGUUCCAUUCCAAACACCUGGGGUCUGGGUAGAGUUGACAGUAAUCACACUUAUCAACUCAAAUCUUUGACUCUUGAUCAUAAUUUUCUCAUUGGAAGGAUUCCAACUUCUUUGAGCAAGAUGGGUAAUCUUGAAAAGAUUGAUCUUGGUCAUAAUCACAUUGAUGGCAUCAUACCCGACGAAUUUGCUACUCUCUCUAAGCUUCAAGUCUUGGAUUUGUCAAACAAUGGCAUCAACGGGAGCUUUCCUCCUUUUACUUCUAAUCUUUCAGUUCUGAUAUUGGAUAACAACAGAUUGACUGGCCCAAUUCCUGAUACAGUUGGGAAUCUUUCUUCUCUCACUCAACUCAGCUUAUCCCACAACAAUUUCAGUGAUGAAAUUCCUAAAACAGUUGCUGAUUUGAAGAAUCUUGUUUUUUUGAAUGUUUCCUAUAAUGCCCUUUCGGGGAGUGUUCCUUCCUCCCUUCUGAAGAAGUUCAAUUCAAGCUCCUUUGUCGGUAAUGUUCAGUUAUGUGGGUACAGCAUUUCCACUCCAUGCCCUUCUUCAUCCUCAUCUUCGCCUUCGCCUUCUCAAGUUCUUCCUUCACCAAACAAGAAACAAGAAAACCGAAAACUUAGUACCAAAGAUAUCAUCCUCAUAGCAGCCGGAGCCCUUUUGCUAGUCCUGCUUCUUUUGUGUUGUUUACUUCUCUGCUGCUUAAUCCGAAAGAAAUCAGCAAGAUCAAAGUCUAAGAAGGCCAAAACCGACAUUUCCAUGCCAAUACCAGCAACAGCAGCAGGGGCUGAAGUUGUUGAAUCAGGAGAAACUGGUGGGAAAUUGGUACAUUUUUCAGGCACUUCUGUGUUCACUGCUGAUGAUUUGUUAUGUGCAACUGCUGAAAUAAUGGGAAAGAGCACAUAUGGAACCUCAUAUAAGGCAACAUUAGAAGAUGGUAACAUGGUUGCAGUCAAAAGACUAAGAGAAAAAGUCACCAAGGCUCAGAAAGAGUUCGAAGCCGAAGUUUCUGAGCUGGGAAAGAUUCGACACCCAAACAUCUUGGCUCUUAGAGCCUAUUACUUGGGACCUAAAGGAGAGAAGCUUCUGGUGUUCGAUUACAUGCCUCAUGGCAGUCUUGCUUCCUUCCUCCAUGCCCGUGGCCCUGAAACCGUGAUAAAUUGGCCAACAAGAUUGAACAUAAUUGUGGGUAUAGCUAGAGGACUUGUUUUCCUUCAUACCCAAGAGAGCAUAGUCCAUGGGAACCUGACUUCAAGCAACGUGUUAUUAGACGAGCAGAAGAACCCUGCGAUUGCGGACGUGGGUCUAUCCAGGCUCAUGACAAAUGCAGCCAACACGAAUGUGGUUGCGACCGCAGGGACUUUAGGAUACAGAGCCCCAGAAUUCUCAAAGCUCAAGAAUGCAAACACAAAGACCGAUGUUUACAGCCUUGGUGUGAUCAUGUUGGAGCUGUUGACCGGAAAAUCGCCUAGCGAGGCGGCAGAUGGCCUGGACUUGCCGCAGUGGGUGGCGUCGAUUGUGAAGGAAGAGUGGACAAAUGAAGUUUUUGAUUUGGAACUUAUGGGGGAUCCGGCGAAUGUUGGAAGUGAUGAGCUGCUUAGUACUCUGAAACUGGCUAUGCAUUGUGUGGAUCCUUCACCGGAAGAAAGGCCGGAAGCUCUUCAAGUGGUCGAAAAACUCGAGGAAAUAAGGCCGGAGGUGGUAGCUGCUCAGACUUCUGAUAAUGCCGGCGGUGUGGCUGCAGCAGCUACAGAGGCUACCGGAGUUGCAUCAAAAAGCGACUAAAGGAUUUCUAUUGUGGAUUUAUAUGGUCAAAAACACUCAUUCUUUUGUAAUAUAUAUAGAUAGAUAUGAUUUAUUUGAUAAGCUUUAAAGUGUGUAGAUGUGUUUAUAGAGAUUGAAUUUGUUGAUUCUUUUGGUAAUA